AUGGCCGAGGGAGGAGGUAGACCGCCGGUGCAGUAUGUAUCUCGCUUCAAGAUGCCGGAGGACGGGGCGGAAUUUCUGCGUCCCGAAGAUAUCUCCCACAGGGGCGUGGGGCUGCCCGCGGCCUGCGUGAACGGAGACCUCCCCCUCGUGGCCAUGCUGCUGGCGGAGGGCGCAGAGAAUGGGAUCAAUAUGCUCAGCGCAGAUGCGGACGGCAAUAACCCCCUCCACUACGCCUGCCUUAGCGAGAGCCCGGAUCUCAUCACCUUUCUCCUGCGAAAGGCCGACGCCGCUGCUGCUAGCAGCAGCAGCAGCAGCAGCAGCCCCUCCGCCGGUGCCGCUAGCAGGCGGCCGCCGUCGGGCGUGCACGAUACCCCGAGGCAGAGGCUCGCCAAGUCCCGGCUGCUCGAGGCCCGCAACGCGGAGUCCGAGACGCCGCUGCUGAGGGCGGCGGUCGGGGGCAACGUCGCCGUGGUGGAUGCCCUCUUGGAGGCUGGAGCGGACAUGUUCGCAGUGGAUGCCAGCCAGAACACCGUGUUUCACAACGCGGCCCGUAACGGGAUGCUGUGGGCGUUAGCCUUCUUCCUGUCGACGGAAGCCACGAAGCACAAAGCAAUAAGCUCAGGAGACGGAGGAGGGGUUGGGAUCGUGCAGGAGGACACGGCAAGAAACGGCGGCGGUGGCGUCAGCGGCGGUGCACAGGACGGCAGCGGCGGCGACCCCGGUCAAGGAGAAGGCUGCGCGAGGGACGGCGGUUGCAGCGGUGAUCCCCGUGAUGACGGCGAAAGCGCGGACACCGAAGCAGCGAUGGCGGCGGCCUUCGGCCGCCGCAAGACCCGAGCCGGCUCCACCGAAACGGAGAACAGCGACAACUGCUGUGGCACCGCGUGGGCGGCGGCAGCGGGGGAGAGAGGCCCAGCAGCCGCGGCGACAGGCGGGCACGACGCGACGACGCCCCUCGACCCGAGGGUGGCCUCGCUGCUGUCCCGCACCGACUGCGACGGCCACACGGCGCUGGACUGGGCCUGCUAUUCGGGCCACACCGGGGUGGCAAAGCUUCUCGUCGAGCACGGCCUGAACCCCUGGUCCUUGGACGCGGGAGGAAAGAGCUGCUUGCACUGGGCGGCGAGCCAGGGUCGGGCUGAGACAUGCCGCUACCUCGUGCUUCUCGGCAUGGACCCUCGCCUACCAGACGGCGGCGGUUCGAGCGCGUUCGUGCUAGCCGAGGGCAACCACGACCCCCGCCUCACGCUGGCCGCGCUGCGUCUCGCAGACGACGUCCGGCGGCGGGCCCCGACCGCUGGGUCGGCGGUGCGCGGAGAGGGGGGCCCCGGUGAUGUGGAGAAGGGAGGGGGUGGGUAUACCCCCGGCAGCGACGCCGGCGACAUCAUCGUCGUUCCCGAGCGCCUGAAUCCGACGAGGGCGUGGGUAGUCGCGUCGUACGCGAUCCCCAUCUGUGGGGUCUGGGCGUUGUCUUUCGUCGUGCCUUGGUGGGGCUGGUUCCUGGGGAGUGUCGCCGUGCUUGUAGCGGCCCGAAAGGCCGCGCAGCUCGCGGCUGCUUUCGGAGGCGGCGGCAGCCGGAAGGGGGGUGCCUCGGAUGGGAGAGCGGGGGGGGCAUGGGGGAGGCGCGGGAGAGACGCACCUGCUUCGGCGGAUCCCCCGGAGCCGCAAUCCCGGGCCGUGACGGUUCUCCUAGCCCCCGAGCAGCACCUGGCCGUGUGGGCCGGCAUGGCCCUCUGCUUCCUCUCCCAGACCAUCGUCGUCGCGGCUCAGAUGCUGGUGUCCACCACCACCGCCGACCGUUCUUUCGCCGGUUCUUCGAUAUCCGGCGGCGGCGGUGGCGGCGGCGGCGACAGAAUGACGGCGACGGCGUGGGCCGCGUGCGCCUCGGUCGGCUUCCUGGCGGCGAUGCUGGCGCUGUGGUGGACCCUGCUGGCCAGCGACGGCCGCGCGGCGGCGGUGGCGCAAGCGGCCGCGGGGGCAGGAGGAGGCCAAUCGGCGGCUUCACGGGGAAGGCGGCCGCGGCCGCGGCGGCGGCGGCGGGUCGGGAUGGGGCGGGGGGACCCCGGGGCCGUGGUCAUGUGUCCGAGGGAGGACAUGAGGGUGCUUGUGGAGGGCGUGGCGGCGACCGUGGGACCGCCGGAACCGAGGCGCCUGUGUCAGACGUGCCUGGUGCGGAAGCCGACGAGGUCCAAGCACUGCGCGGAGUGCGGCCUCUGCGUCGGCAGGAUGGACCACCACUGCGUGUGGCUCAACAACUGCGUCGGCUGCGGAAACCACCGGCGCUUCGUGGCGUUCGUGUUGUGCCAGCUGGGGUACGCGGCGCUCUUCCUCUCGGUCUCGACGGCCUCCAUGGCCAAGGAAAUUUCUUCCGAGGGAGGCGUCUUCAAGGUGCUGGGGACUCUGCUGGGUAAGACUUAUCUCCCGACCUUCCUUCUGACGCUCGCGUCGGCAUUCGGAGUCGUCAUGCUUACUGGGAUCGCUCACGAGCAGAUCCGGAACAUGCUGUCGAACUUUACCUCGAACGAACGGAUAAACCAGCGGCGAUACCCUUGGCUCAACGCCACCCCGCGAGGGCCCCCGUUCAACCGCUACGACCUCGGCCCGUGGGGCAACCUCAUGGAGUUCUGGGGAGUCGGCGGGGGCAACGGCGGUGGCGAAGACGGCGGGGGGGGCAUCGCGCCUGGUGGUGGUAGUGCGGCGGCGGCCGCUGUUUCCGUCCGUCGUCGUCGUCGUCCGAGCUACUACCUCGAGGGCUACGAGCUCCCCCCGCUGGACAGCAAACGGCAAGCCCGGCUAGAGAAAAUGCUACACCAGCACGAGAACCGCUUAAAAGGCACCAGGCGCAACGACAACAAGCGCGUGGACUGCAGCGGCGGAACCUCUUGCCACGGAGGAGUGGUGGUGGGGGCGGGAGCACGGCGCUGCGGCCACGGCGACGCCGCCGCCGCCGACGGGGGGGGCGGGGGGGGGAGGGAGGGACGCCACGAAUCCAUCCCCGGGAAAAUAAAGCGUGUUCCUCACGUCCCCUUGCCUGAUGACGAGCAGGAGGAGGAAGAGGAGGAGAAGCAUGCAGGGCCGUCGGCAGAUGGGGAUGAUGCGCACUCCCUGGAGGUCGAAGGGGUUGAGCUCGUCGAACGGACCGCUGCUUCUGCUUCUGCUGCUGCGGACUGUGGCGGCGGCGGCGGCGGCGGCGGCGGCGAUGGUAGUAGGAGCACGGCAUAUGCCGCUGCCGCCAUCCCGACCGCUGCUGUUCUGGAGGCGGGGGUUGUUCCCGCUGCUGCUGCUGGUAUUCGCGAUGGCGGCGGCGGGGGGGAAACGUCGUCCAGGUUCGCCUUAGUGUAACGGUAGACGCGGUGCUGAUGGUCGGCCGCUUUGUUGAUUUGUUUUUUGUUUCUUGGGGGCAAAACGUGUUGAAUUUUGUUCUGGGUUUUGUUUGUGUUUUCUUGUCGUCGUUCUUGUUGUUAUGGUAGCUUCCGACUUUUCGACGAGCGUUACCUUGCGUAUCUCUUCCCCCAAACCAAUAAAAAAAAAAUUAAAAACAAUUAAAAUACGCAUACAUGCAACGCAUACACACAUACAUGAGAGAGAAGCAAAAUGCACUCACUUCAGGAGGGAUUUAUUACGCUUGCCGUGUGCAGCUGUUGGUGUUACCGUCAUAUGUCAGGAGUGGGGUGCUGCGUCGAUGAAGAAGAUGUUGAGAGAAAGUCGAUGUUUGAGCACCAUUUGGCGGUACCAAUACACGAGCGCUAGACACGUGCGGAUGUGCUUAAUCUUAUUGUAUUUCGGGGGGUAACAAAAACCUUUGUUUUUACGAAUAACUGCCGUUGAUUGGCACUGCAGCUAUUCUCGAUUUACUUUUACUCUGUCGCCGCGCUCUCUUUCUUGAAACGGAGAUUCUGCGGCCAUGUAUGAAUUUGUGGUGUGCAACUAGAAUCCGGUAUUAUUACCAUGGAACCGCUAGUUAACCGUGACUCGGUCUUGCAGGUCUAAAAGUGUGGAUUUGCUAGGUUCGUUUUUUUCGUAUGCAGCGUUGAGAUUCUGUAUUCGUGCAAGACUUGUUAUGCGUACGUGUGGACUUGUGAUUUACGGCAAAGACGCAGAUUUGCUGCCCGAGCGGGCGAGUCGACGCCGGACGCUACAUUUAUCGCCAUCGGUGCACAAACACACAUGGUGGUGGUGCGGGCACACGUGCUGUAUUCUUGAUAUGUAGCAGAACGAUCUAGAUGUUAUCGUUCAUCACGCUGGCUUCUCCCCCUUACCAAGGGCGCAUGGCUCUAAAGUAGCUGAUAUUCCCCACGAAAUGGUUCGAUAAUAUUAGCGUUCUUUUUUU